GUGGGCAGAUCUAGUGGCCUCACUUCAAGCCAGUGCGCAUGCCCGGAGGCGAUAUUGUCUGCGGCUGCGCAAGACCAUUGAGGCAAGGAAAGGAGCAGGUGUGUAGGGCUUCGUUUCCCUUUUGCUGCCGAACGUGGAGGACGGUGGUCGUCAUGGCUGAGGAAGAGGCUCUGAGAAAGCAGGCAGACAUGGUGCGGCGCCUGAAACAGGAGAAGGCCAGCCCGGAGGAGAUUGCAGAGCAGGUGGCAAAGCUGCUGGAGAUGAAGGCAAAAAUGUGCCCUGAAGAAGGGAAACAUAAGUUCGUCCUCAAAACGCCAAAGGGUACUAGGGAUUACAGUCCGAAACAGAUGGCUAUCAGAGAGAGAGUCUUCAGCAUCAUUAUCGAUUGCUUCAAACGCCAUGGAGCUGAGACAAUAGAUACUCCAGUAUUUGAACUAAAGGAAACUUUGACAGGGAAGUAUGGAGAAGACUCCAAGUUGAUCUACGAUUUGAAAGAUCAGGGGGGAGAGCUCCUUUCGCUCCGCUAUGAUUUAACUGUACCGUUUGCCCGUUACUUGGCUAUGAACAAAAUCACCAAUAUUAAGCGUUAUCAUAUUGCUAAGGUCUACAGGCGAGACAAUCCAGCCAUGACAAGGGGCCGCUACAGAGAGUUCUACCAGUGUGAUUUUGACAUUGCUGGCCAGUAUGACCCUAUGAUUCCUGAUGCAGAGUGUCUGAAGAUUGUGCAUGAGAUCCUGAGUGCCCUACAAAUAGGAGAAUUUUGCAUCAAGGUCAAUGACCGACGUAUUCUUGAUGGGAUGUUUGCGGCUUGCGGGGUUCCGGACAGCAAAUUCCGGACUGCUUGCUCCUCUGUGGACAAGCUAGACAAGAUGACUUGGGAAGAUGUGAAAAGUGAGAUGGUCGGAGAGAAGGGGCUCUCACCAGAGGUUGCAGAUCAUAUUGGUGAAUAUGUAAGGCUCAAUGGUGGACUAAGUCUGAUUGAACAGUUGCUCCAAGACCCAAAGCUGUUGCAGAACAAGCUGGCCAGAGAAGGCCUUGAGGAAAUGAAGCUGCUUUUUGAGUACUUGACCCUUUUUGGCAUUUUGGAUAAGGUUUCCUUUGACUUGAGCCUGGCUCGUGGUUUGGAUUACUACACUGGAGUAAUCUGUGAGGCUGUCCUUCUCCAGCAGCAAAGUAACCAAACAGAGGAGUCUGUUGGUGUGGGCAGCAUAGCUGGAGGGGGCCGCUAUGAUGGACUAGUAGGAAUGUUUGACCCCAAGGGGCGGAAGGUGCCUUGUGUGGGAAUCAGCAUUGGCAUUGAACGGAUCUUCUCUAUCGUGGAACAAAAGGUGGAGGCUUCUGAGGAGAAGAUCCGGACGACAGGGACCCAGGUGCUUGUGGCAUCUGCUCAGAAGAAACUCCUUGAAGAGAGACUGAAGCUUGUGUCUGAGCUGUGGGAUUCUGGGAUCAAGGCAGAGGUGCUUUAUAAGAAGAACCCCAAGCUACUGAACCAGUUGCAGUACUGUGAGGAGACAGGAAUCCCUCUUGUCACCAUCCUGGGAGAGCAAGAGUUAAAGGAUGGAGUGGUCAAACUGCGAGAUGUAGCUACUAGAGAAGAGGUGGAUAUUUGCAGAGGAAAUCUUGUUGAGGAAAUCAAGAGACGAACAUGUCUUCCCUAGAGGUUUUUACUGAAUUCUCUUUGGAAGGUCUGCUGUUUCUAAAAAUGACAAACCAGUUUUGUUCAUAAUGCAUCCUUGGACAUGGCAGUGGGAGGGGAAUUGUACUCAAAGCUGUAUUUAUUUUACUGUAAAGUUCCUUUUUGCCAGGUUUGAAAAGUGACAGAGGGGUAUUUUUAAGGUCCGUCCUGUAAGAGAACUCAAAAGAACCCUUCUGAGUUAUUCUAGAGGAUAUUAUCUGGUCUGUGAGCAUUUUGGUGCUUCUGCAAUGAGGGAGCACAGUGGCAAAGGCAAGGGCUGUGAACUCUUCUCUCCCUUUCAGCCUUCUGGUGCAUGUACUCUUCCUAUUCUGACAUCAAUUGUUAGCAUUUUGAAAGGCAGUUUUAAUAAAAACAUACUACAGCCACAUGCUUGCCUCUUGAGGGACAAAUGCAGGGACAAUGAAGGCAUCUGAGGUGCUAUUUUACCAACCUUCUGCAUGUGAAGUAAAUAAAGAGAGAAACCCACCAAACCACCUAAACAAAAGAAGAGAGAGAUUUUGGAAAGUGACCUACAUUAGUCCCCCUGGAAACCCUUAACAGCCUAUUGCUCUUUUGUUCUUUUGUCAUUGAAUUGUAGAUGUGGCCAGGUAUUGCCUCAGGAACAACCCUGAUGGUCCUAUCAUUGCUCUCAGCAAUUAUUUACCACUCCUUCCUAAACAAAGUUAGCAUUUUUAAUUCAGUUUACCCAGGCAGCAGUUGUGACAAUAGUCAAAACAACAGAAUUUGCGUAAACAACCCACUUGUCCUGUGUCCAGCCAAACUUGGAUGCAAAUUGCUUGAUAAAGUAAGGUCCAGACUGGUGCAGUUUAAAGCAAGCAGCUGCAGCUUUUGCAAUCUUUCUUAACAAUGGUAUAUCAAAAAAGGAUGCUGGUGUGGACUAAUGUUGGGAAGUUGGGGAAGUCUUCAUCACAGUGAUUCACAGGCAUACUUUUUUAAAUUAAAGAUACUGUAGUGGGGUAGCCUCACAGUCUCCAGUCUGCAAAUAUUGACUUGAGUCUUGAAAGCUUGUUGUCGGGGGCACUCACUGUCCCCUGUGAUCCUAUUGUUCCUCUCAACGGCAGAACAGGCGGAGGAUAACAAUGUGUACGUUACAACAGCUGUGAAGGCGGAUGAAGGCUGCAGCAGAUAAAGGACUUCCAUUGGAUCAAAACCUUUUUCUGUCAAGAUUGUAUGUUGAUCGUGGUGCGCCGAUCUCCCCAUGUAAAACAAAAUCACACACAGGUGUCUUCCAUAACAAAAGUCCCAUGGAAAGACUUUAGUUUGGAAGACAAUCUUACUUGGUCACGAGUGAUCGCCAAGCUACAUAGCAGUCCCCAUUACUGGUUACAUUAGCAUGCAUGGUUAAGGGUUAAACUGCUGCUUAUUUUGAAAAAUUCUAAAAUCCCUUGAUUAUGAACAAUCAAAAUAUGACAAAAAAGUGAGCAAAGUUCUGAAUCCACCAGAACUGUUUAUCUGGAUAUUAAAGACAUUACGUCUGCAUUUGCCCAAAGUUCCAUUUUUUGUUGAUUAGUCUGAGCAGUGGCAUAGCUAUGGAGGUUGUCUUGAAGACAGCCUGCAUUUCAGAAUUUACCACUAAACCUCUUUAAAAAGCAAGGGACUUCUUAGCAGUAUUCUGACACAUGCAACAUGUUAGCAAACCUAGUUUUGGAUUCCUGUAGUAAGCAUUAAAACAGAAAACGUAGUGUAAUGUGUAACAUUAAAAGGGAAUAGGGCUUAUCCUUAAUGAAUCUGUGUAUGCAUAUGUUAUCAUUGUACCAGUGUUAGCAAAGAUGUCUCAUUUUAACUUUUUAAUAUUAAUAUUUGUAUUUAUUUGAAUUUGUAUUGUCUGUGUAUAUAUACACACACUAAUAAUAGCAGCAUGUUCUAUGUCAGUGGUUUCCUUAUCUGAAAAUUAACAUUUAUUGUCUGCAUUCUUUGUGCAUCCCCAGAUUAUUCAAAAUAUACUCCUACUCUCUGCAUUUGUCAGGCAAAAGCAACUUCCAGUGUAAAUUGUGUGUUGAGUUGACAAACCAGUUAAUGUUGUUUUCCCCUGUGCUAUUGGAGGAUUAAAAUGCAGGGCAAAAAAAGGAUAUGGCAGCAGCCAUAAGUAAAAGUCCACACCGCAUAUUUUUAGCCAGCUUGGGGCAAAUGUAGGCAAAUUGACUUCCAGUGUGUCUUUACAAAUGCAUCAUAUUAAUCCAUCAAGGUUUUCUCAAAUGAUGAGAAAAAGCUCCACCUGCUUUUUAUUUCUGCAUAUCAGUUUGCUGCUGUAGGUGCCAGAACAGGGUCAUUAAAAAGGUGACAACCCUAGGUGCCUGCCAUAUCAUAAAAUAUGAGGGCAGUGACAGUGAUAAAGCAUGAAACACCAAUGAAAACAAUACAAAUAAUCAUUACAGUGACUGGCUAAUAAAAAAUUAAACAGCUGCAAAGGCCUGUUGGCAUAAAGUCUUCUAAAGACUGUCAAAAGCGAGGAUGCCUGCUGAAUUUCUGCUGGAAGAAUGUUGUACAGUAUGGGGUAUUUUACACUGAAUAGUCAAUUUUAUCCCUGUUGUGAAAAAUGCAAAUGUAAAUCUUCCUGCCACUUAAAAACAUGAUGCUUCUGAUAGUACUACUUGCAUAAAACUGUAGAUGUACACAAGUGUGUAUGUGUGAAGGAAAGAUUUCAUCCUGCAAGAACUGCACCUCAAGCCCAUCUCUUUUCAUCUGGGAUGUAGCUGAAAAUUAGGGGUUGUAUUCAAAGUAGCACUGAGGACAACAUUCCAUCAACGCAAGGAUUUCUCUUUGUGCAACAGAACAUUCUUCCCUCUCCUCCCCCUAUGUGCCCUCUAAAACUCUUCUGGGGGCUCCUCCAACCCUCUAGAGCAAAUUUGGGACAGUGCAGGAUGCGCAUGGGGGGAGGAGAGGGAAAAUCCUGUUGUGCUAGUGCAACUAUAUAGUUGAAUACCUCCCUAUAUCCUGAAACUGUGAUACCUUCAGUGCCUUCUGCAAAAGCUUCUGUCCCUGUUCCCAAAGCUUCUGUCCCUGUUCCCAUGGCCAUUCCUGAAUAGAGAGAUCAAAGUAAGUAAAACAGUAUUUAAUAGCUGGUGUAGGAACAGGUGAGCUUCUACCUGUUAAAGAGUUCUGCAGACUUAGAAAACUUGCACAUUGUUACACUAUUGGUCUAACAAAACGUAAUAGUACCUACUUUGUAUCAUAUGACAGUUCCCUCAACUAGAUAGCAGAGGGGGUGACAGGAAGGAAGGAAACUGCAAAGCUUUUUUUCUCCACAUAUCCCAGAACAUGUUGAAAAAAUCUGGCUCUCCUCUGAUUGGAUGUGCAACUAUACUCAUAAGUAAUUUGUUUAUGAGUAGUAGGCAUGUCAGAUUGCAAGUUCAAAAUGGUGGACCUUGUGUAUAGGUAAAAUUCUCUUGUGUACGUAUUUCUGUUUAAAUUGAUAUGGUUGUUGUACUGCCUAUUUUCAGGAUCACUAUAAUGGUGCAUUCAUCCUGCAUCAUGAGUAUGUUAUUUCUACAUCCUGGGCACACUUAAAUCAUGUGUACACACACUUUCUUCUUAAAGCAAAAUAUAAUAAAUGAAAUACACUGUAAAUUCAACAUUUAUUCACACACACAAAAAGCAAAUGCACACAGAAUGUCUUGCAGCAAACUAAUUUGGAUAUGAAGUUUCACUUCCAAAGUUUGAAGAAGGGCACGAGUCACUAUAAGAUGCCCCAUCACAUUUUUUGAACAAGUGUGUUCAUUCCAAACAGAUUAUUUUACUAGUGCAAGUUCAAAAGCUCCAAAAAUUUACAAAGGACAUUUGUUCUGUCAGAAUCUUGCAUAAAUAAAAAAAACAUUUUGGGUAUGCUAGAUGCCGGACCCAGGGUGUAGAAAUCUCAGGACUGCUGACAGUUAUUUUAUUGUUAUGAAUUCAUUUUCUAUCUCAGCCUUCCUCCCAUGGUUACUCAGAAGCAAGUCCCACUGUCCCCUUGUUGCUUAUAAGAUGUAUGUUGUUGUAAACUUUUAAAAGCAAAAUAUCCUCCAUUAAACUCCUAUGAAAGCACUGUGA